AUGGCAGGUCUUCGCCACCCAGGGGUUGCCAGAUCUCAUCGUGUCCGACAAUGGUCCUGCUUUCGCCAGCACGGAGUACCUGGCCUGGUUGACGAAGAAUGGAAUCCGCCGGAUGAUGGUUCCGCGUACCACCCUGCUUCAAAUGGUGGUGCCGAGUGGGUGGUGGAAACCUUCAAAGAUAAGCUCAAGAAGAGCCAGACUAGGGAUUUGCGGACGCAGAUUAACCGGAUACUUUUUCAGUACCGGACCACGCUCCACGAUUUCACUGGCCGUGCCCCCUGUGAACUCCUGCUGGGUCUGAUUAUCAAGACGCCUUUGGACAUCUUGCGUCCGGACCUCCGAUCCACAGUGCUCUUGAAGCAGCUGAAGCAGGAGCUGGCUGCUGACCAAGAGUGCCGUCCCGAGCCUUUGCCAGAGUCGGGAGCUCCAGUUUUCGCCAGGCACUUCCGUCCUGGGCUACCCUGGUCUGCUGGACAGGUGGUGUCUCCUGCGAGCGCCACAUCGCUGCUCGUCCGCCAGCCAGACGGGGCCAUGUGGUACAGACAUGCCGACCAUGUAAGGCCUCGCAUCGGGACGUGGCCAGCACGCUCGACUGCCACUUCUGAGUUCGAGCCCGCAGGAGGACUAACGGCAGCACCAGUCGCUUCCAGCGGAGCACCACCCACCUUGGAUGCGGCAACUGUAGCCAGUGGUGCGACACCCGUUGGAACGGUGUCGAGCCCAACACCACUCACAAGGCCGACCACUACGGACCCUCUGGAUGGAGCGAGGCUGGCUCAGUCAGCACCCGGCGUUGCCACACCCGACCCAUCAACAUCGGUGCCCAGGCGGAGUACUCGACCGCGGAGGCCACCGGACGGUUGCUCCCCUGGAUAG